AUGUCAUCAUAUUUAUGGCGGACGACAUGGGAUGGGCUGACGUGGGCUACCACUCCGACCACAUCCUGACCCCAAACAUCGACACAUUGGCCGCCGAUGGCGUCGUAUUAAACAAUUUCUACGUACAACCCGUUUGCAACCCGAGUAGGGGUGCCCUACUCACCGGUAGACAUCCCAUGCAUUUUGGUUUUCAAUAUUUGGGGGCAUUAAGGCCUUUUAUGGCCACUGGUUUGCCCCUACACUUUAAAUUAUUACCACAAUAUCUGAAGCAGUAUAGUUAUGCCACGCAUAUUGUGGGAAAAUGGCAUUUAGGUUUUAUGAACCGUGAAUACACGCCUACAUACCGGGGCUUUGACUCGCACGUGGGUUAUUGGACUAACAGGCAAUUCUAUUUCAAUCAUACUAAUUGUGACCCACAUGACCGGGUCAGUUGUGGCUAUGAUUUCCGACAUAACAUGGAUGUCAUUACAAACGCGUCGGGAGUUUAUUCAACACAUUAUUUCACCGACAGAUGCCUUCAUAUCAUCGAUGAGCACAACAUAUCUGAGCCACUGUUCCUAUAUAUGCCACACCAGGCCCUACAUGUGUCGGCUAAUAAGUUUCCGGUGGAGGCGCCCCAGGAGUACAUCGAUAUGUUUGCGUACAUCGAGUCCGAUGUGAGGCGAGGGUUGGCCGCCGCGGCCUACAGUAUGGACGAGUCGAUCGGUGCGGUUAUCGAGCGCCUACACUCGAGACAAAUGUUGGAAAACAGUAUUAUUAUAUUUAUGAGCGAUAAUGGGGGAACUACUGGCGCUGGUUUCUCAAAUGGUGGAUCUAAUUGGCCGCUAAGGGGAAUGAAACUGGAAUAUUUUGAGGGAGGUAUCAGAGUCCCGGCGUUCAUGUGGAGUCCAUUGUUGAACAAAAGUAGUUACGUAUCGGACGCCAUGAUUCACGUGACAGACGUAUUGCCCACCAUUUUAGAUGCCGUCGAUAACAGCGCCGGCAUAUUGAAUGAACAAAUUAUUUAUGAGAAUAUUGUGGGCGACAGACGUCGCUCACGACUGAAUAGCUUUCACAUCCCCUUCCGCCCUGAAUCGGAUUUAACGCGUAUUUUCCACCCCUCGAGCGGGACAGCCGCUGGCAACGGUAAAUCUCAAUGGAGAGUACUAUCAAAUAAUGAACUCCCGGUGCGAACGGAAAUCAUACAUAAUAUCGAUUAUUUGCUUAAUAUAUCGGCCAUUCGGUGGUACGACUGGAAACUUAUUCAGAAUCCAAAACUUGUCGCAUAUGAAAGGUCGGGCCAAUGGGUGCGACCUCUGGGCUAUCAAAACAUCGGUCUAAACCGAAAAUCGCUACAAACGCUGCAGUCUAAGGAUCGCGUGAAUAGUAAAUCAUAUAAAGUGUUGUCACAAAUGAAUAGACGACCCGAUUAUGAGGUGCUGAAGGAGUCGGUGGUAGAGUGCGAACCACAUGAACCUACCGACCCGGCCAACAAUGACUGCACAACUGAGUUGUGUUUGUUUAACAUACGGGACGACCCGUGCGAAUACCAUAACCUGAUUGGGGAAACGGAUCCCCAGUUUGUGGAGUUCUUGUGGCAGAAAUUGGUUGCUUUUAACGAGACGUCUGUACCGCCGCUUACAGUCAUUGGUGUUGAUCCGCGCAGUGAUCCUAAGCUUCACAAUAAUACGUGGAUUAACUGGUUGGACAGGGAGGACAUGGGGGACAGUAUGGUUAUGACAAGAAGCGAAUUAUAA